GGGGGGGCCUGGGGGGUUGGGACGGGGGUGAGGGGGGCUGGGCCAAAAUCUGCCCCAUAGCCCGUGACUAGAGGAGACACGCUCUCGUUCGCUCGAUCGCUCGACUUUCUUCGCUGUGGGUCCAAAGGCUACGCUACGCAGUCACGCAGCCAGUCGUCCGUCAGUCCGGCAAUCAGGCAGCCAGCGAGCGAGCGAGCCAGCCGAGCCAGGAAAAGGCAAAAUCUCCGUGUCUGCGAGCUCUCUCGUUUUCUCGUUCGUUCGCUCCAUCUUUAUCGUGUGUAGGGUUGGGUCGGGCAGUUGACGCCAAAAGCUGAAUUCGACGCGAGGGCUGAUGUGCGAAACCGCGAUUGGGAAUUGGGGUGGUGCGGAAUUCAUGUUCGUCGGGCGUGCGUGCGCGCAGGAUGCGUUGAAAUUUGAGUUCGGCUUUUAGGCAGCGAGCAGGAAUGGGUGCAUCUAUCGGCCUCGGUCGGGAGUUGCGCGAGGGUUGGUGCUGGAAAAUUGGAGGUUUUGCAGCUUGAUGGGAGAUUCUUUUGGCAAUUGGGUCGUGUUUUGUAUCCAAUUGAGUAGUGCAUCGGUGAUGGUCCUAGGAACUGGUCGGAGCGGUGCACAGCGGAGCCGUGAUGGGCGCGGAAGAUUUUUUUCGGAGACAGUGGACAGAGGGAACUUUUUGAUUUGAAUGAGACGGGGAUUUUUUAUGAUCCCUUUUCAGAUGUACGGGAAUGGAGGGAGGCGAAAAAUACUGUGCAGGAUUUUUAGUUUGAGUUACAGGGAGUAAUAAAAAACAGGUUUCAGGAGAGAUUAGGAAAAGGAGUCACCAGCGCAGGUGGUAGACAUGAUGGAUGCAGAUACGCAGCUGAUCGGCUAUUCGCCAGAUGCCUCUCACAGUGGUGAGUCAAGCGACUCCGAAGAAUCGAGCGGAUCAGAUAGUCCUUCCAAUCAGCCGACGCAGCUCCUGUACCCUCAGCUUUCAGACUCUUACGAUAGAUAUGGGGAAGACAUGGAUGACCAAAUUAGAACUCAGCAGCUUGACGCGAUGGAUAUGGCAACCCAACUCAUAGAUGAGGACUUCCGGGAGCACAAGGGAAUGGGAGAUGAUUGCACCAUGAUAAUACAUAGUGAGGACGAGGCUUCGAAAGAUACACAACUGGUCAAUGCAGAUGGUGACAGUGGAGCGAGUUCCGGAAAAGAUGACGAAGCGGACAGUGCUUUGAGUCCGUAUGGUGCCGCUUUCAAACAAAAGACGUCCCACUGGCUUAGUGAAAUGGCAGGCAAGAGAAGAGCGGAGAAUGCUUCAACUUUCUUAACUGGAGAGAAAUCUGCCGGACUUUCUUAUGAUGUUCAUGGAAACAGAUUCAAUAGUAUGGGAUCUGAGCCGGCUAGUAACCUUCAUAAGUGUAACAACACCGAAGCUGGCCUUGGGAAUCCGGUCAAGAUGCAAAAUAGGGACAGUGAACUCCCACAUUUUUUAAAGGAUUCCGAUCUCAACAAGCAGAAUUAUGGGUCCCACAGGAUGGUAGGAACUUGGCAUGAAAUUGUGGGACAAAGAAACAGGUGUAAUGAGGAUGAAAGAGUCUGGGCAUCUGCAGUAGGAGGACUCCAUCUACAGGAUUCGGAUGGAAGUACAGAAGACGAAAGAAGAGAAGAGGAUGACAAGAAAUGUAAUUUGAACUCAAGUAGUACUUAUCAUGUUGAAGGCAAUUUGUCACAAAGUAUGAGAGGUCGAUUAUCAGCUUACAGCUCAGGUAAUUUCUGUCAACAGGAUCUCAACAAAUCACCCGAGCCUGAAACCCUGAUGAUGGACGAAGAUUGGCGAGAAGUCAACGGAGAAGACUUGGGUUUAAUUGGAAGGAUAGAUGAAGGUGGAUCCAAUGUAGGACUUCUCGACAAGCCUGAAGUAGCUUUAAUUUCCCAGACUACACCUGUUGGAAGCAGGAACAGUGAAGGCUUGCCGGCAGAACCUCGAAGUUUGUCGAAAUUGCAUUCAAACUCACGAACGUCUGGGUCCAUCCGAACAUUAUCAUUGCGGGCUUCAGCGCUUCGUGCAUCCUCCUGUUCCAGUUCAGCCAGAUAUCGUCAUACACCUCAGGGUUCUCAAAGUCAGGAAGUACACAAGCUUGAGACAGAGGCAACCAAUGAAACACAGUGUGAAGAACCUUGGAAAACAGCAAAGUCUGCGGAUUAUAUUACUCCCACAUCUAGACCCUCUAUCCAGAAAGGAGUUUUUUCUUCUGCUGCCUCUGUGGCUUCUGUGUGGUCGAAUACCGAGAAAGCGGGGGAGUAUUCAAGAGAUGCUGAGAAGGAGAUGUUGUCGGGGAAGGUCAGGGAUCAUAUCGAAGGUGAUUUUAGUGGAGAUAAAUGUGGUAGGAGUGGAAAAUCUGUUUUGGGUCUUGAAGUCCCCAAAUUCGGAGAUAAGAAUUUGUGCAGAGCUAGAAAACUCUUUUCAGGGAAUGAUAAUGAUGCAGAUGACAUCUUCAGUCAAGUGAAGGUUGAGAAUGUGCAGAAGUCGCCAUCUCCUGCACGGGACGACGGGGCGGCGAGGGAAAAGGUGGAGAUCACCCCCCCUACUAUAACGGACUCACAAGCCGACAAGACACUGGAAAGGCGCAGCUCCUUUGGGUCAGGAGUUUUCUCAGGAGGCAGUGAGUUGAGCUACUUAAAUUUUCAAAGUCCAGGAGAGGAUUCACAGGCCCGGGCAUUGAACAUGGUUGACAAACUUGUCUGGCUUAAUGCUAUUGGCCUGCCCCAAGAGCUCCAAUUGGAGGAAGAGAAAGCUCCCGCACGAUGCCCAUCUGUUGCAAAAAGUGCACUCCAAUUAAGAGUACAGGUCGCGGAGGCGAAGGUGGGUAUGAACGAUCCAUUGGGAGUCUUUGAUUGGGUUGAUAGCCAAAACGACGAAGCUGGUAAUUUUUUCGGGAUCAAGGGAGCCAGUGCACUCAAAGGGACUUCAAAGGCUCCAGUAGCUAUGGGCCAUCCAAAACAAACUGGGUUUGGGACAAGAAAGUCUGUUUUCUUAGAUGCUUAUGGACUUAGAAACAAGAAGAUGGAGAAGGUUUCCGACAAGCCGUUCAAACCUGCGGUGAUUGCAGAUAGGCCGAAAGCUGUUGUGCAUAAGAAUAUGUCAGGCCCGAAGGAUAACAAAGGUGAGCAGCAUGGGAAGUUGAGUAGGGAUGCAACGAACGCUGGGCUCACAAGCACUUUGAAUGAACCAGGGCUUGUGCAAACUUCACUACAUGUGGAUGCACCUCGGAAUGUGAUUGGGAACAAAAUGUUGCAAGACAAUAGAGACAAUAGAGGCAUGAAGAAUGUAGAAGGUGACACCGUCAUUUCAGCGGUGGAUAUUUCUCGGUUAGAUUUGACAUCUAACGCAGCAGUGCAGAGGAGUUCAGGUCUGCUGGGCGGACAUGGUUCGGAAGGUCUGCCAAAGGGAGUUGGACCCCAAGACUCUAGACAAGCCCCAAGAUGUUUAGAGCAACCGCCGAAGACCCCCGAUGUACAUAAGGGAAGCGGCAAGACAGUAUCUGAUAAACAAGCAGAUGAGGCCCUGAGUGCUAGUAAAGGUAAGGGAUCUUCAGAUCUACCACAUGUACCUUCAAAACCCGGCCAAAAGGGCAAGUCAUUGCAGACGGUCAUAUCUCCUAGAGAUAAUGGCCCAGAAGGAUUUCAAGAACCUGCUGCUUCAAGAAAGAAUGAGAAGGCAGAGAGUACUUUAGGUGAUGGUCUUUCUGAGUUGACACAUUCUAGACAAGAUAGCAAUGCGAAUCAGCAGGCCGAAGGCAGGCUCACAGGUUUGACAGGCUUUCCAUGUCUGAACGCAUCGAAGGUCUUAAUUCCAUCGACAAAAGAUCAAUUGGGUGGAGGGUUGACGACAACUGAUUUAUCCGACGUUCCUUGUUGUCCAAACAGGCCAGUUGAUAUUGGCAAUCAAGCUCAUUCAACUGAAGCAGAGGUGCAGCCUCAAAAACUGGAAACUGCAGCUGGAGAGGAUAAACUAGGGGAAGCUAGGAUAGAAGUCGAUAACAAGGAUGGUAAGCAGAUUGAACUCUUUCUUAAGUUUGAUGGUGUACUAGAAAACGAUUGUAUGGAUUGUGAUGUGGAUGGGAGUAUUGGAGCCAGGGGCAGCGUUUCGUCAACUUUACUUUCUACGGAUAAAGAAGGAGAGGAUGAGAAAGAAGCUGAGGAGAACGCCGAAGUUGUGUCAGUUCGAGAGAUACAUAUGGGACCUGACACUCUAGGGGCUGUAGAAGCGAUGGAGAUGCUGAGCAGUGAUUGCCUUGCCUCAAGUGGCGAUGGAUCCGAUGAGCCUGCUACAAGUAAGGAUCCUGCUGGGUCUCCAGCAACAGUACAUCCAGUGAGCAGCGAUGAUAAAACUACCGGCCUGAAUACAGAAACACAUGAUGGUGUUGUUGAGGGACGGCGUAUAGUUACUCGUCGCAGUCGUACCCAGGGAAGACAGAGUACGAGAUUUGAGAGUACCGAUCCUAUCAAUUCUUUCAGAGAUGUAAAGAUGAGAGGACGUAACAGACGAGUUGAGGGUACCGAUCCUCCUAUUGGGAAGUACACUGAUCCCAAGGACAGAGCAAGGAACAGGAGAGUAAGCUGGGCUGGUCCAGUGGAACAAGUGCCCAGGAGGCCUGUCCAGGUCAGAAGAGGUCGGAGUGCUAGACAUCAGCAACACGUAUGUACAGAAGAGGAGCGUGCAGAUAAUGCCCGACAAAAUUCCGACCAUGAGGAAGCGGAGGAUGUAAAGGAUGCUGGAAAUGGAGACAGGAAAAGGAAGGUUGAGGCUUUGGAAGUAGCAGUAUCAAAAGAUACUGAUCUAGACAAGAUCAAAAGGAGAUUUAACAUGUCGGAUGCCGCCGUAGCUAGGCUCCUUGGAACUGACGAGGAUGAGGACGCAGAAGUAAACCUUAGUCCUGGUGUAAAAAUUCGCUCACUUAGCCAUAUGCAACCUCCUGAAGCAGAGGAAAAUGAGAAUGUAGAUGCUCCUAAGGUUAGGAAGGCUGGUAAAGGUUUGAGAAGCUCUCGGAGUCGUGGUGAAGAUGGGUCCAUCAACGGCAGAAGAAAACGAGCUUGUACGACAUCUAGUGAUCUAGAGAAGCAGGGUGGCGACGAGAUGAAGGGUUCCCCCUGUGAUACAGAUGCUGCGGAUACAAGCGUCGACGGGACGGCUUGUGUGGAGGCUCACCCAUCAGACACUGAAGCUCUUCCUGGUAGGAGAAGAAUGCGAAGUAUCGCGGAUGUUUCUUCUCCUGUGAAGAAAACCCUACCAGGAAGGCCUCCUCAGGGUUCAGGUCUGCGUCGCGGUAGAGGUAGGCGACUGCCUAGAGCUCCUGGUGAGCAAAAAGCAGAUCCAUCUGAUGCCGAGCAGGUAGAAGUUCCUCCUCAACCUCCACCACCUCCUCCUCCUCCUCCUCCAAGUACUACUCCUGCUUUUCCUUCAAUUAGUGGACGUCUACGAGGGAAGGGAGGUCCAAGAAGCGCCCGCAAGCGUAAGGAGCUUGAGCCUCUUACAGUAGAGGUGAGCGCAACAAGCCCCACUUCAUCUAAGGAGGCUAGCACGACUUCGUCAAAAGAGGACUCCAAGCGUAGGAAGGGAGAAGCCAUAUCAACAUGCGUUCUGUUCAGUCAUGGCCUGGCUGACGACGUUGGCAAGCAGCAAAGAAAGAUUGUGAAAAAAUUGGGUGGAAGAGUGACAACUUCAGCAGCCGAAUGUACUCAUUUUGUGGCCGACAAGUUCGUGAGAACAGGAAACAUGUUGGAGGCCAUGGCUGCUGGGAAGCCCGUCAUCACCGCAGAGUGGCUGGACAAUUGUCUCGAGGCACAGGGUUUUGUGAAUGAACAAGCCUACAUUCUUAAAGAUACGCGGAAAGAGGAUGAGAUGGGAUUUUGCAUGGUUUCCACUUUAAAUGCCGCACAACAGAGACCCCUUUUGCAGGACAUUAGAGUGUACAUUACGCCUGGUACAUCACCGGGACCAGAGGCUCUUGCUAGGAUUGUUAAGGCUGCUGGAGGCCAGGUUGUCGAUGAGUACAUUGGUCCAGCACCUGACGGAGUUAGAGAAUCAGAUUAUUGUCUUGUGCUGUCGUCGGAAGAAGAAUUAGAAACGUGCAGUCCUCUCCUUGAGCAAGGUGCGAAGGUGUUUACACCAGAACUUCUUCUUAGUGGUGUUAUGUGUCACAAACUUGACUUCUCAAAUGACCAGCUGUUCAAGAGUUUCAAUAAUAGACGGCGACGAGCUUCUCUAUCGAGAAGAACCACACUGUAGUAAUUAUGUUCCAAUUGAUGUAAACCAGGUCAUUUAAUACAUAUACAUAUAUAGUAACUUCUGUCACUGUACCUAGCAGUCAAUAAUUACUUUGUAUCUGUAACUUGAGGUAUCUUAGUUAAAGUAGUGUGAACACACUAUACAUAAUCCUUUUCUGUGCUACCCUGUCAUGAUUGUACAGCUCUAGAUCAAAUGAGGUACACGGAUGCCUUAUUUGUGUAGGAGACAGAGCGUAGAAACUCAACACUAAGCCCCAAUCCCCAUUACCAUGAAGGGAGCUGGCCAUGCUCCCUUGUCAGAUAGAUAGGUAGGUUGAGUUGUAGAUUUGUCGGUUCAAAAAUUAAUCGGGGUAACAUAUUGAUCUGUGCACAAGAAUGAUCAGUGAGGGGACUUUCAUGUAACUUGUCCCUGUGUAUCAUGUACAUGUUAAUUGCCAGCCUUAUGUAAAUUAGCGUCUAUCGAUUCAAAUUUC